UCCUUCCUGUCGUCCUGUCCUGUCGUCAGGCUGUCCUGUGUCCUGUUGGCUGUGGUGGUGAGGUGUGAGUGUGACAUCAAUUUUUGGUGUGAUGUCGACUCGUUUCCGUUUGUAAUUUGUAUGUAUAAUCAAAUUACAUUAGAAUUGGGGUACUACACUAACCUACGUGUCCAAUCACAGUUUCUCUGCGUCAAUAAGUAUCUUUUCCUUUGAUACAAAUUUGUUAAUGCCUAACUAGCAGUAUCGAAGAUGUAACUUGGGAAGCUAUCCUACUAGACCUACAGUAUGGAAUGUGGAGCCAUGUAACCAGUGGACCUAGGCCUAACUUAUUUAACUUACGUUUUAUGACCAGUGCUACAAAAAAUAUAAAAGGAAAAUAUUAGAAACAACAUCAUGGCUAGUGGAAAAACGUGGGCCAACAUUUGCACAGUAUGUGGAAGACAUGUAGAAAUUCUCAACGGCGAUUUUGCAUUUUCCAUGGAACUGCACAACCAAUCACAUAAAUCACUAGAUUAUGUCAACAACUCUUUGGACGGAAACCUUAACCGCUCAAUUGAAAAGAUAGAUAAUGCUUCAAAACUGAAUUUGAACUACUGUCACGAUUGUAAUGAAAGUUUUGAAAUUAUCAAUAACAACUUCAGUUUAUCUUUUCAACGACAUGCUGAGAAACACAAAGGAGAUAAUACAGAUGCUUUGUCAGAUCAUUCAUCUACCUCUAGUAAAAAAACUAAGGGAUCUCAAGAAGUGACAAAAGAGAAACAACAACCUCAGCCUGUGGUAACAAGUAUGUUAGACGCCAUCUUCCAUACAAUGCCUGAAGGUUUGAAGGCCCAUCGCAGUUUCAUUUCUGAAAAAGGUUGCAGUAAAGCUGUUUGCAACCUUUGUGAAAUAAUAAUUGAUCCCAUUUUUAGCAUGAGUGAACAUUUGAAAACAAAGCAACAUGAAGACAACACGAUCUCAGUAAUCAAAAGAAUAUUUAGUUCAGAGCUACACGAACAAAUGGAGUUUAUAUCUUUUUAUGGCUCAAAUCUUUGUUGUAAUUUAUGCCGCUGUAAAAUCGAUCUCUGCUCUGAUAACCUACAUAAGACUGCAAUGAGUAUAGUCAUUCACAAUGCAGGGAAAGGUCACUCAUGUCAAAGAACUAAUGAUGGCAAUAGUACUGAUAAAACUUUACUUAUCAUAAAAAGUCUUGCUCUCAUGAACCCUAUAAUUAAUGAAAACCAACAUUUUAUUGAACACAGCAUGCAUCCCUACUUCAAGUGUAAACCAUGCGAAAAGCAACUUGCAUAUUGUGAGAAUGAUAAGGAGAUGGCAUCAAAUUUUAUUGCUCACUUUAAUUCUUCAGCUCACACCAAACAUCUGAGCGCUGUUUUGCUUUUGUCGAAAUGGAGUGGUUUGAACAUCCCUGGUAAAGAAAAUCACAAUUUUGCCGUAAAGAAACAAAAUAUUUACUGUUCAAGCUGCAAUUGUAAUAUUGAAGCAAACCUUGAUCAACUUCUGUCUCAUGUCAGAAUGAAUUUUGUCAUGCAAGAACCAGCGCAGUCUAAUGCUGCUCAAAAGACUAUGAAUACACCUCAUACUCAAACUGAUUCGUCACAAAGUAAAAUAAAUAUGAAAACUCAAUCAGAAGAGAUUAUAAACAAGCCAUCCUUGGCUCAACAAAAUCAAAUACCAAAAGUAUCAGCCACAGUUAAAAGGUUAGUGAUGAGUUUACCUGCUCAGUUUCAAAACAUGGUUACAAUGAAUAAGAAAGGAGAGGCUGUGUGUUCAAUCUGCAACUGCACAAUUCCACCAACAACUUACAAUAUGACAACCCAUUUUAAUGGAAAUAGUCACAAAAAGAAAGAAAAUGAAUCAAAAUCGUCUGCUAGUAGGCCUAACAGUAAUAUAGCUGAGAAACUCAAAGGACUUCGUGGUCAAGAAAAGGUAACAACUAAUCCAAACUCUGGCAUUGAGUUUUAUUCGCCAUCCAUUUAUCAUUCACGGUUAGCUGAAAAUAAGAAGUACUUUGUUAGGUAUAAUGGUGAAGACAAGUACAUCUGUGUUCUAUGUGGGACUAUUUUUCAAGAAGAUGGAAACCUGCAAAGAAACAUUCUGCUACAUAUUGACAAUCAAGAUCACUUGAACAAAAUCCAGCUUAAACAGGAAAUGUGUCAAUUGUUACCCAGGCAUAGCGACUGUUUGGUGAAGGAACUCUUUGAUGUAAUCCCCAUGACCUUUCAAAAAGAUUUGCAAUAUAUCAAGGCACCAGAGGGGAUGAAUUUUAUCUAUUGUGAAAUCUGCUACAUUAGGAUUUCAAGACACAAGAACUGUUUAAUCGAACAUCUUGAAGGUGGUUAUCAUAAAUCAUCAGUUGAGAGAUUUGGAAAGAUUCAACUAAAAAAUGUAGUGGGAAAACCUACUAUCGACCCAGAAGCUAUAUUUGAAGAUCUUAAGAAGAACCAUAAAGAAAUCAAGAAAAAUAGCAAGUACAUAUGCAAGACUAAUGAGGAUUAUUUUUGUCAACUAUGCAAAGCGGUAAUAAAAGCUUCGUUUGACAUUAAUCUCCUCGAAGUAAACUUUUUGAGCCAUUUUAAUGGUAAGAAACACCUGAAGAAUGUAGCCGGUGAGUUUAGUAUGAUGCUUGACAAAAUGCAGAUCGAUAGCGAAAUAGUGAGAAACAGUAGAAAAUUCUUGGAGAAAAGAAAUGAUACCGUUAUCUGUACAUUAUGCCCCUGUCAAAUAUCUAUGUCUAAUGCUGAUCGCCUUAGACACAACCUAGAAGUCCAUUUAUCAGGCUCUGCGCACAAAAAUAAGUUGGAAUCUAAAGCAAGUAUGCCAUCUGCGUCUUCCCAUCAGAAUGCCGCAGCCUUCGAUCAGCAAUUGAAGAAGUUGGAGGACGUUAUUGGAAUGCUCUGGAAAGAGGGGAAAUUCUGAAUCUUGUAUAAAAACUAAGUCAAACUCUUCUGGUUGUGUUAAUUGCCAGUUAUUUUACAUGUUGAUAAGGUAAACAUAUUUUGCUAAUCACCCAGUACUACUACUGAAGUACUUACUAUUCAUUAACAAUGCAACUAACUAUUUAGCAGCGUGUAUAAGUUUUGUAAGCUUUGAAAAAGUGUUUAUUAGAUCACAUUUUUGUUUUGCUAGGCAGUAGAGAAUACUCUGUUGUAAAAUAAAUUUUAUGAAUCAGUCAAAUUAUUAAGUAGCAUAUCAACAAAUGUACAGAAUGAAAAUUUAUCAUAUUGCAACAUUUACAGAAUUGUAACCAUCUUUGACCUUCAAAUCAAAUCGUCACUGACUUUUCUUAGAAACUGCAAACAUUUAAUUGUUAACUUUAAUAACAGUUAGUUGUAAAGUUUGUUGUUUUACAAUGUAACUUAACUACCGAUUAAUACUAUGGUACUUUCAAAACAUCGGUUUGGAAACUCUUUUAAUGUACAUAACUUAAACUCUAAUAAUAGCAAAGAUUUUCUUUAGCGAUCCUUAAUGGUACAUAACAAAGAAUCAUUGUUAUUCUAGGAAAUUGUGCAACUCCUAAUUUUAAACUUGUAAGAUUUCUGUCUGGUCAAAUUAGUAUUGGUUUAAAAUUAUGCAAAUCACAUUCUACGGUAAUUAGUUUAAGAAAAUUAUUUUUGUAUUCUUUAAUGUUACACACAUAUAUAUAUAUAUAUAAAUUCAUCAAGGAUGUAUUGUUAGAUUUUUUCCAAUUCAGUGUGUACUCGUAGACAUGUAAAAUUGGCCAGAUUCUUGUGAUUUGGAAUCUCCUACGCUCAGGCCAGUUGAACAAAUAAAUAAUAAAAAAAUAUACUGAUUUUGCAAUGCUUUAGGCCCAAUACAUCAAAUGCAAAAUAUGAGAUACCUAUGUAUAAACUAGACAAAGAGAACAAGGAAAGAUACAAUUCAUUGAAAAAAUUACAAUGGGGGUUGAUGUUGAAAUUACUCUAUUUUUCCAGGUCCUGUUCUGUGCAACAAACUAAGCUUAAUUAAAGUAUCACCAUGGCAAGUUGUUCAUCUUGGGUUAAUAGCUGUCCAGAGUGCGGUAAGCAAAUAGAAGUACUGAAUGGCGACUUUGAAUUUUCCAUGAAUUUACACAAACAAUCACAUAUAUCUCUUGAAGCAAUCAAUAGAAGUUUGGAGUGCCCUGAAGAAAACGUGUAUAAUACCUCAUUACCAAAAGCAAAACGUUGCGACCAAUGUAAUAAGGACAUCGAAAUAAUAAAUAAUGACAUUAUUUUAUCAUUUCAACUACAUGUUCAAAACCACAAAAUUCUAAAAAAUUCAAAUAUUGAGAAGGAUAAUUCUAAAGAACCAAAAGGGAGGAAGGAGAUUAGUUUUAUCAUCAAAAACAUCUUUCAUAAUAUGCCAAGUUUGCAAGCUCAUGAAAGUUUCAUAUCAGAAAAGGAUUGCAAAGCUUUUUGUAAUCCCUGUGGAUUAACUAUUGAACCAGUAGGUGUGUCAUCUGUUGCACUACACCUAAAAACUAAAUUACAUGAAGACAACACUAUUUUUGUUAUCAAGACUUUAAUACCAUCCGAGUUACAAGAUCAAAUGAAUUUUAUCUCUUUUUACGACUCCACUCUUGUUUGCAAUCUGUGCAGUUGCAAAAUAAAUCUAUGUUCAAAUAACCUUCAUAAAACAGUAGUUGAUAUUGUUGCACAUAAUGCUAGCCAAACCCAUGCAAGAAUGAAGAGUAAUAUCGGGCAGGCCAACAAGGCUGUAGUUAUUCUACAAACUCUUGCACUGACUGAUCCUCUCGUAAAAGAAAAUAUGAAUAUAAUUGAAUCUAAAAUGAGUCCCUACUAUUUGUGUAAACUGUGUGACGAAGCAAUUUUGUACAGUGAAAAUAACGUUGAACUAUUGGACUGUUUUAAAUCCCAUUUAAACUCCCCUCGUCACAAACGGGCUUUGGAAGCUGUUAGUCUUUUGAAACAAUGGAAUGCUUUGAAUAUUGAUGGGAAUAAAAAUCACAAGUUUGUAGUAGCAGGACAAACUAUUCAUUGUUUAUCUUGUUCUGUGACUGUUGAGUCAAAUAUAGAUAAUUUGCAUUCCCAUGUUUUAACUAAGUCAGUGUUGUGUGAAGAAAGCCAAUUUGACCCAGAGAAUGUAAAACCAUCAAAUCUAUCAAGUACACAGAUAAAUCUCAGGCUGGAGGAGAAUCAAAAGGGACCACUAAUACAUGGCCACAACCACUUUAACAAACGCAUUUACAAUGUCAAAGAUGUAAUUUAUAAUACGGUUCUUAAAACAAAUGUGUCUAUUCUGUGGAGUGUUAAAUAUUUUGAAAGUCUUAAUGACGGGUACAAAUGCAAACUUUGUAAUAUUGAAGGGAAAUUUGGAAAACUACCCUUAAUAGAGGUGUUUGAGAAAAAUAUUACAAUCCACAUCAACGGUAAAAAACAUCAGAAACAACUAUUGAAUGAGAUUGAAAACAUUCUGAAAAUAGGACAACUUUCCAGCAAAUACAUCCAAGCUAAUCACAUGUUUUUGACAGCACAAAGUGGAAAUGCUUUUUGUGCUUUGUGUACAUGUAUGAUACCUCUAACAGAUAGUGAUGAUACUUCUAUUCAAAAUGUAAUCACACAUCUUAAAGGUGCUGAACAUAGUAAAAGAAGAGGAUUGUCAGGUGAUGGUCAGAUUGCUUUUCUGCAAAGUAUCACCAAAGUGUCCAGUAAAACAAUUGAGAGCAAAAGUGCAUCAUCAGUUGGUUCAGUUGACAAACAAAUUACUGAUCUGCCAAGUACUACCAAAGUGCCCAGUAAAACAAUUGAGAGCAAAAGUGCAUUAUCAGUUGGUUCAGUUGACAAACAAAUUACUGAUCUGCCAAGUACUACCAAAGUGCCCAGUAAAACAAUUGAGAGCAAAAGUGCAUUAUCAGUUGGUUCAGUUGACAAACAAAUUACUGAUCUGCCAAGUACUACCAAAGUGCCCAGUAAAACAAUUGAGAGAAAACGUGCAUUAUCAGUUGGUUCAGUUGACAAACAAAUUACUGAUCUGCCAAGUACUACCAAAGUGACCAGUCAAACAAUUGAGAGCAAACGUGCAUUAUCAGUUGGUUCAGUUGACAAACAAAUUACUGAUCUGCCAAGUACUAACAAAGUGCCCAGUAAAACAAUUGAGAGAAAACGUGCAUUAUCAGUUGGUUUACUUGACAAACAAAUUACUGAUCCGUCAAGUACUACCAAAGUGCCCAGUAAAACAAUUGAGAGAAAACGUGCAUUAUCAGUUGGUUCAGUUGACAAACAAAUUACUGAUCUGCUAAGUACUACCAAAGUGACCAGUCAAACAAUUGAGAGCAAACGUGCAUUAUCAGUUGGUUCAGUUGACAAACAAAUUACUGGUCUGUUAAGUACUACCAAAGUGCCCAGUCAAACAACUGAGGGCGAAAUUGCAUCAUCUCUUGGUCCAGCUGAUCUGAAAAUUGCCAAAGAAGAAUUUAAUCAGCUCCCACCAACAUUAGCAGUGGACUUUGUGUUUUUGAUGAUUACCCUAUCACUGGUUAUCUAUAUUGUAGGCCAACUGUAAACUUUGUUUCUCUACCAUCCAUACCAAGUUUUUUUAAACACCUUUUGAAGACUUGCACAAAAAACCAACAGCUUAGGGUAGUUAACUCCUUUUAGUAUCUGACGUUGUUAUUAAUGACAGAAAUAUUUAAGCGUUUGUAAUAAAUACUGCUUAGACCUACAACAAUUUUUAAUUAUAUUAGGCCUAUCUGCUAUAAUGACUGAUAUUUGUGUUUAUCAAUGUGUACUAUCCAACAAGGGCUUUCAAAAGUGCCUUACUUCACACUUACAUGCUCGUUUUAUAUAAUUAUCAUUGCACCAAUCCUAAAUAUAUUUUGUAAGGUAAGACCUAUGUUAAAAUGCAAAAUCCAAUAGGCCUAGUAUUUAAGGGAAAGGAAAAUUAAUUAAUACUACUAUUUCUCAGGUUCUUCCAUGUGGUUAAAAUAAAAUAAAACCUAGGUCUAAUGAUUUGUAUAUCGAAAAAUUAGCUUUGGGAUGUCUGAAUUCAAUCAUCAUUUUACAAUUAUGGUAAUAAGGUAUUUGUAAAUAUCACUCUUACUUUAUUUGAUUUUUACUUAAGUUAGUGGGAUACUGUAUUGUAACUUCAUCUAACUUUUAAAUCAUAAUUUUUUCUGUUCCAGUACUUCAUGUAUAUUAUUUGGUAUUGGUAUUUGUAAUUACCUACAUAAAGGCGGCUCCAGGUAUGCGCCAUUUGCCAAGCACUGAGCAGCAACUUGCCAAAUCGCGAGUAGUGUGGAUAAGUGUUUGUCUAUUUGGCAAGGAGCAAACAUUCUUGCUCGUGUUUUCCCAUUCAUUAUCGGUAUUUUUGCACACAUCAAAGUGAAUGAAUAUUUGCUAUUCCUAAAACAAAUAAAAAAAACUUAACAGUUGCUCGGGAAACAACACGUGUUUCGUUAAUCGACGAAUAGAAAGACAACUAGAUCACCGAACAUCAAAUAAUUUGUGCUUGGGGAAUGGCGCAUAUCUGGAGCUGCCUUAACAAGGUUGUUUUUUAGCAAUAUUUUAUUGAAUUUACAUCCGUCACAAUUAAUUGUUAACUCACUUCUUUCAAUUUGAUGUUAUGUUUUACAAUUUGGGUGUUGGUUUUAUAUGUUUUACUAUUGAAAAUAAAGUGU